ACUUCAUCAGCAUCAAACUCAUCAACUACAACCAAACAUUUAAUCACUUCCAAUCAAAAAUGUUUGCUGUUCCAGGAUGGUCCGUCUCAGCGGACGGCCUCAAAUCUGAAGCCCCCGGCAAAAACAAUAGUAACAGCGCGCCCGGCAAAAAAUCCAAUAAGCGCAAGCGCAACAACAACAACAACGCUGCUGAGAAUGUCACACCUUCAACUGUCGCUGAUCUUUGGGAGUCCGUGAUUGAGGGAAAGAAGACUGAGCAACCCAAGUCUGAAAAGGCUGCCAAGAGGCAGAAGAAGCAGAAGAAGGCUAAGGAUGGUGAGGAUGAGAAGCUGAAGGAGGGCGAGGAGACGAAGGAGGAUAAGAAGGAGGGUGAUGAUGAUGAUGAGCAGCCCAAACCUAAGAAGGAGAAGAAGGACAAAAAGCAGAAGCAAAAGCAGAAGUCUACCGAGGACUCAACAGAAACCAACACUUCACCAGCAAAGGACGUCGUCGCAAAGACAGCACCUCAGCCUCCUGCUCCUCCCAAGCUCACUCCCCUACAAGCUUCGAUGAGAGAGAAGCUCAUCUCAGCUCGAUUCCGCCACCUCAACGAGACACUCUACACCCGUCCCUCUGAAGAAGCUUUCAAUCUAUUCGAUGAGUCCCCCGAGAUGUUCGACGAGUACCAUGAAGGUUUUCGUCGCCAGGUCAAGGUCUGGCCUGAGAACCCCGUCGACAGCUUCCUCAAAGAUAUUCGCGCACGCGGCAAGGUUCGCCAACAAGGCAAAGGCAGACCUGGAGCCCCUCCUACUCCUUUGGCUAAGACACCGCUACCUCGUACGCAACAGGAGUGUACUAUUGCUGAUCUUGGCUGUGGUGAUGCUCGUCUCGCGGAGGCUCUUCAGUCAGAUGGCAAGAAACUCAAAGUCAAUGUCAAAAGCUACGAUCUCCAGAGCCCAAGUCCCCUAGUCACCAAGGCUGAUAUCGCCAAUCUGCCUCUUGCUGACGGUUCCGUCAACGUUGCUGUCUUUUGUCUCGCUCUUAUGGGCACCAACUGGGUCGAUUUCAUCGAGGAGGCCUACCGUAUUCUCCACUGGAAGGGUGAGCUCUGGGUUGCUGAGAUCAAGAGCCGUUUUGGUCCCAUCCGAAAUAAGAACGCCCCCGUUACCCACAGUGUUGGUAACCGCAAGAAGAACGCAAUGGCUGGCAAGAAAGGCAAAAAGGGCGCUGAUAACGAUGCCGAGCAUGAUGAGGAUCUGGCCGUAGAGGUCGACGGUAUGGAUGAUCGCCGCCGUGAGACAGACGUAACAGCGUUCGUCGAGGUGCUCAGGUCACGCGGUUUUGUUCUUCAGGGAGAUAGAGAGGCGAUCGAUUUGUCCAACAAGAUGUUUGUCAAGAUGCACUUCAUCAAAGGAGCAUCGCCCACAAAGGGAAAGCAUGUCAAGGAGCAGGAGGCUCCCAAGGGUAAGAGGGGCAUCAUCCGUAGGAUAGAUCCCAUCGAUGAGCAGCCAGAAUUUAACGAAGCUUCUGUUUUGAAGCCUUGCGUCUAUAAGAUCCGGUAAAUUUAACCAGCAGAGAGAGGGGAUGGUUUCAUAGAUUAGUUACUGCGAUGAGCAAUACCCGCACCAAAAGCUGAUGAGCAAUUUG